UUGCCGUUCCACCAUUUCCACAGGUAUUCAGUCAAUGUCCAACCUAUAAACAUGAGUGACUACGCCUUUGUCCCAGGCGGGUCCCUCAAGUUCAAGGGCGGCGGCGACAAGAAGAAGAAGAAGAAAUCUCACUCUUCUUCUGACCGCGCCAAAGUCGACAAUGAAAUCAAGCAGAAGGACAAGGAGAUGAAGGAUAAGUCCCGAGAGAGGGAAGUGAGCGCAGAAGUUGGGUCCACGUCUCCUGCUCCUGAGAGGAGAGAAGAUGGACCGAAGAUGACGGAAGCGGAGAGGAGAUUCUUGGAGACUCAGAAGAGAAGACGAGAGGAAAGGGCGAAACAUACCGCGAAGAAGACGCACAAAGAGAGGGUGCAAGAGUUUAAUGCCAAGCUGGAUUCUCUUAGCGAGCAUCACGACAUGCCUCGUAUCGGUCCCGGGUAACGUCGACUUUCAAGCCGGAACCCUUCCAUUACUUUCUCAUUCAGUCUCUCAUGGCUGUUUUCUGUAUCUAUGGAAAGUGAUAUUCACCCAAGUGAUAAGCGAAUCAUUCAGUUUAUGCAGCUUCUCAGACUGUAUUCUUUCUUGACGAGAUGUAAUUGAUCUCAUACCGAUAUAGCUGACAUCUCUCUGUAUUCAUUUCCCAAUAUUGUUUCAUCCUUUCGGAG